AUGAAGUACGUCCUAAAAAUUGUCGUUUCGUUGACCAUUCUGUGUUUAAUGAUCUUAAAGCCCAGUAACCCAGUCGUCUUCAAGCUGACAAAUGUCCAUUGCGGCAGCUAUAAUAAAACCUGGAUUAGAAUCAAUCAAUGCCGAUUGAAGGCGAUCAAUCGCCAUAGGACUGUGUUCAAUUUCAAUGCCACCUUCCUAUAUCCAACUAAAAGUAUUACUGUUCACUACCAAACGUUUAAAAGGGAGAACGGCUAUAGGCCUUGGCUCGUUAAUACUCAAAUCGAUGGAUGUCGAUUUCUGCGAAAGCCCUACGAUGCUCUAGGUAUUUUACUUUUUAAUAUUUACAGGAACUUCACCAAUAUCAAUCACACCUGUCCGCUGCAAGGUGACAUGAUCGUAAGGAAUAUGUACUUAACCACGGAUGUUAUGCGACUUCCCCUGCCCACGGGUGAUUAUUUACUGGCAAUCGAUUGGAUAUUUUAUGGAAAGCCUCAAUUUGCCACAAAUGUUAGUUUUCAAUUUGUUGAGGACAUAUUGUGA